AUAACAUGGUUGCUAUGGUUCUGUUUAGAGAUGGAUUCACUGCAAUGACUCAGGAAGGGAGGACUUCCCUUUUUAUGGAGAGACUUGAGGAGAAUGAGCAUGAAGGACAUAACAUCACUUCAUAAGUGUCUGACAACUGGAUUUGGGGGGCAAUGGUCCACCCUGUAUGCCUCUUGACUACAAAGGCAGCACUGGGGGAAUCAGUUGAUGGUAUGUCAUAUAGUAUGAAGACAUCUGUGCCUCUGUGCAAUGAGGAAAGUCAAGGCCAUGGUGCUUCACUCUUUAAAAGGAACAAGCGACUGAAAAAACGUACAAGGAAGGCCUUUGGAAUACGGAAGAAAGAAAAGGAUUCAGAUUCCACAGGAUCACCAGACAGAGAUGGAACUCCACCCAGCCCUCAUCCUCAUGAUCCACCCUCCAAUAGCAAACCAGAAUGUGCACAGGAAGGAGGAAAAACAGUUUCGAAGAGAACAAAUGGUGCUCCAAAUGGAUUUUAUUCAGAGAUUGACUGGGAACGAUAUAAUUCACCUGAGCUUGAUGAAGAAGGAUACAGCAUCAGGCCAGAAGAACCAGGCUCUACCAAAGGAAAGCACUUUUAUUCCUCAAGCGAAUCUGAAGAGGAGGAAGAGGCACAUAAGAAAUUCAACAUUAAAAUCAAGCCUUUACAAUCUAAAGAUGUCAAGAGUGCAGCAACUGUUGAUGAAUUGAAAGCUUCUAUAGGCCACAUUGCACUUUCACCGUCUCCAGUGAGGAAAAGUCCGAGGCGUAGCCCGGGUACAAUUAAAAGGAACUUAUCCAGUGAAGAGAUAGCAAGACCCAGGCGUUCUACACCUACUCCAGAACUUCUAAGCAAAAAAGCACCAGAAGAUACUACAGCACUAGCACCACUGUUUGGUCCACCCCUAGAAUCUGCAUUUGAGGAAGAUAAACUAGAAGCUCCUAUAGAUCAACCUGAAGUGUGGGGUUCAGUGCAACCAGAAAACUUAGAAUCUCCUAAUGCAUCACGAACUUUUCCAUCUGGAACACCUCCUCCACUUCCACCUAAGAACAUUCCAGCUACACCUCCACGUACUAGUUCUCCUUUAACAACUGGAGUAGGCGAUGAACAGACAGAAACAGAGGUCAAAGGUGACAAACUACCAUCAAUCAAUGACUUGGACAACAUUUUUGGCCCAGUAUUAUCCCCCAAGUCUGUUGCUGCUAACGCGGAGGAUAAAUGGAUCAGUUUUUCUGAUCAAUCCCCGGAAAACGUAACUCCAGAGGUGACUUCAAGGGGAAAAGGGGUGUCCUCACCUGUGGCAUCAGAAACCCCAGAUGAGCCUCCAAAGGGUGAAACCUCUCGCAGUGUUCCAUCUCCACUCAAUUUAGAAGAGGUUCAGAAGAAAGUUUCUGAGCAGACCCACGUUAAAGAUGAUAACUUAGCACCAGCACCAUCUCCUAAGGAGUUUGGAGUGGGACAGAGAGCAACACCGCCUCCCCCUCCACCUCCUACCUACAGAACAGUGGUGUCGUCACCCGGACCAAGCUCUGGCGGUGGCACAGGAAGCACCAGCGGGUCAUCAUCUCCUGCUCGUCCUGCAACCCCUCUGGCAUCGUGCAGUAGCCCUACUCCUCCACCUCCUCCACCUAGACCCCCGUCUCGUCCAAAAUUGCCUCCUGGGAAGCCUGGAGUUGAUGUGUCCAGACCUUUCAGCCCUCCCGUCCACUCCUCCAGCCCUCCUCCAAUAGCACCAUUAGCACGGGCUGAAAGCACCUCUUCCAUAUCAUCCACCAAUUCCUUGAGUGCAGCAACUACUCCCACAAUUGAGAAUGAGCAGCCUUCCCUCGUCUGGUUUGACAGAGGAAAGUUUUAUUUGACUUUUGAAGGCUCUUCUCGAGGACCUAGCCCCUUAACAAUGGGUGCACAAGACACUCUGCCUGUAGCUGCAGCUUUCACUGAAACAGUUAAUGCAUACUUCAAAGGAGCAGACCCUAACAAAUGCAUAGUGAAGAUUACUGGAGAAAUGGUGCUGUCAUUUCCUGCAGGAAUCACUAGACAUUUUGCCAAUAAUCCCAGCCCAGCUGUUCUAACGUUCCGUGUGACAAAUUACAACAGGUUAGAACACGUCUUGCCAAAUCCCCAACUGCUUUGCUGUGACAAUACUCAAGCUGAUGCCAACACAAAGGAAUUCUGGGUAAACAUGCCAAAUUUGAUGACCCACUUAAAGAAAGUGUCUGAACAGAAACCACAAGCAACAUAUUACAAUGUGGAUAUGCUUAAAUAUCAGGUAUCAGCCCAGGGUAUUCAGUCUACCCCAUUGAACCUUGCAGUGAACUGGCGAUGUGAGCCUACAAGCACUGAUCUACGCAUUGACUACAAGUAUAAUCUAGAGGCAAUGACUACCCCAGUAGCUUUAAACAAUGUGCAGUUCCUUGUUCCCAUAGAUGGAGGAGUGACUAAACUUCAAGCUGUGCUUCCACCUGCCAUUUGGAAUGCUGAACAACAAAGGAUAUUGUGGAGAAUUCCUGAUAUUUCACAAAAAUCAGAAAAUGGAGGUGUGGGCUCUUUGCUGGCACGGUUCCAGUUAUCAGAAGGACCAAGCAAGCCUUCCCCACUGGUUGUACAAUUUACCAGUGAAGGGAGCACACUCUCCAGCUGUGAUAUUGAACUUGUUGGCGCUGGGUAUCGUUUUUCGCUUAUUAAAAAGAGGUUCGCAGCAGGAAAAUAUCUCGCAGACAACUAGCAGAUGUUUAUGCAAGUAUGUGGAAAAUCUGUACAGCUGAGGACUGCUGUGAGUGGACCUGUUUUAUAUGCUGUUUGAGGAAAAACUAACUGAAUCCUGUACUCUGGACAUUUCUGUUGGAAGUAUCAGCAACUUUCAACAUUCCUCCCUCAGAAAAUACCAUGUUGACCAGUUCUACAGUAUUUACUUCUAGGUGUAAUAUUGUUAAUGUUUUAAAUUGUAAUUAUUGUAUUUGUAAAUUGUACUCAUUCCAGUAAGGCUGUAUUUUGGCAGUUAGACACUUGAGUUAUAGGAUUUUACCAUUCAUGAAUGAGUGUAAUUUAAACUGUGGUAUAUAAAUUUAAUAGUAGUACUGUUGAAUGGCACAAUGCUUUCAGAGGUAGAUAACAUUUUGUCAGUAUAUACAAUUUGAAAACAGUGCUAAUAGCUGUGAAAAGGGGGGGUGCCUCAGAAAGAAAGUUGAACAGAUAACGUGCAAAUUCACUUCUUCUUUUAUUUUGUUCUUUUUUAUGUAUCAUAUAAAUUAUUAUCGGUAUAUGAAAAAGCAGGUCCAUCUUUAAACACUUAGGUGAGUUGAUUCCAGAUUAUUUUAGCAAAUGUUGAGGUGUUACAACAGAUUUUCCAAAAAGAUGCAAAGUGUGAUUUGUUUUCACUUUAAACACUUCUUUCAUGUUUUCGUCAUCAAACUAACAACCUAUUGCAACAUUUUUUAAAAAAAGUUAUAGAAAUCUAUUAGAAACCCUGUCUCAGAUGAAACAUAUGCUGGUAUAGUUUUGUUUCUCUUUCCAUUAUUUUUCCCUGUUAAAGAAAAAGAGCACAAUCCACUGGAAAUCUCAUAAUGCAAGUUCCGUUGAAAUGAAUUGAAAGCAUAGUUGGGUAGCUAAGCAGUUUCAGUUAUGUAUUGGAAAUGUUUCUAGGGCAUCAUUCUCAAAACAAACCAACAGCUUUAAAAUAUCAAGCAGCAACUUUAGCUAAUAUAUCUGUUUGUGGGUACAGAGAAAGGGGAUUAUUCAUGUAGUCUAAUUUCAGCAAAAAUCUGAUUUUAUAGUGUAUUUAUUUUUUACAAUGCUAUUAGCACGCAAAAUCCUUGAACAGAUUAUAAACAUCCUUUUACCUCCUUGAAUCUGAUUCUGAGUGAGAACAGCAUCAAAGUAAUGUCCCUUUUCCACCACUUCUAAACAUUCUUAAUGGGGUAGAAAAUCAUGAACUGAACUUGAAAGAUAGGGAAAGGGGAAAUUAGUUUUUGAACUGGCAGCGUGAUUAUUUUAUAUAAGUAUUUAAAUCCCAUGAUAGGUCUGUGUUCUUCAACUAUGUAUUUAAUCUUUGGGUUUUGAGUCCAUUGUGAGGUUUUUCUUAUACCUAUCGUAUAGAAGAGUACAACUUUUUAAAAAUUCCAUGCAUUUACCCAACAUUGCUAAAUUAGUUGUCUGGUAUUCACAGAAGUUUUAGUUCUGUGGCAAUUCUUCAUUUGGCUAUUGUACUUGCAGUCAGAAACUUGAAAAAACAAAUGAGGGUUGUGAGAGGUCACCAUGGAGUUAUAUGGAAGGUCAUACAACUCCUGGACUAGAAUCACAUCACUUUGUGUGUGUAUGUGUAUGUGCGUGCGCACGUGAACAACUAGUAGUUUUAUGAAUUUGAGAUCAAAAUUGAUUGGCAUCCAGCUGUCUCAUUUGGAAAUGAAAAUGGCUGUGCUUGAGGAACACCUAUGUCUUUAUCAAAACAAGCCGGCAGAUUAGAAGUUGUCUUAGAAAUCUGGAUAUAAAUAGAGCUCUUUGAAAACAAGAAUGAGUAGUAUAUAUCCUACAGUGGUAGAAAUUGAAAUUCUGCAUAUUUUGGAAAGGGAAAAAUAUCAGAGUUAAUUCCUUUUGGUACGAGUCUUUAGAUGAGAAAUCUGAAGAGCUACUAGUGAAUAAAAUAUAAUGCCCAAUGCAGAAAAAUACACUCCACUACCCUCCUAAUGCUGAUUUCAGAAGUUAUUCUGUACUGCUGAUGAAAAUGGAAAAUUUUGAUUUUGCUAGAAGUCUGAAAGAUUUGGGAUGAGAAACUGAGUUUUGUCUUUCUACUUUCAGUCCUAUAUGUUAGAAAUAUAAUCAGUGUUUGUGCAUGAUAGUAAAAUUUGGUUGUCAAUGAUAUCAGGUGAUCUCUGUUGUGACAGUAUUGCAAAAGCUGAAAUGAGAGAAAGCAAGUUUCUACCUUAAUGGAGAACACUGCUGUGUGGUUCUGUUUUUAUCUCUUACCUAUGACAGUUAAUGGGCUGUGCCAUAGUUAUGGGGCCUUUUAGGAAUGUGUGUGCAAGUUCAGAGCACAAAAUUUCAAUUCAAAACUAAUCACUGCAAACAAAAAGUCUCUCUUUUCUUAUCUGAAUUAAGAGCUUACUUUCAUGCAAAACGACACACAUUCUACAUUGGGAAAAGAUUUAUCAGCAAAUGGGUUUCAAUGCUGGAAAGAAACCCAUUUUUUAAAAAAUAUUAAAAUGAGAGGAAAAAAAUCCAAUAAAUUUUUAAACUCUCACCAGACAAAUAGAUGAGAGAAUUAUGUCCUAAAAAACAAAUGCAUUUGUUAUGAUAUAAAGGCACAGUCUUUCUCAACCUUGGUAAGAUUAAAAACAGGUUUUCAAAAUUUUAGAAAAAAAAUACUAAAUGCAUGAAAUUUGCAUCUUGCUUUUCUGUGCUUUGCAAAUUAGAGAUUUAUUUGAAGCAGCAAUAUCUACACCUUUCAGCUCAUCCAAACUGAUAGUGUAGUACCAGUCUCUGGCACAGGUUGCCUAGUAUCAGCAGCUACCAACCUUAGAACCAGACUCCUUGUAAUGGUUGAGAGCUGUGUUGAGUCACCAGUGAUGUUCAGAAAGGAACAAAACAUCUGGUUAUCAAGUUUUUUUAAAAAAUGUAUUUGCCAAUUUCUUGCAGCAAGAGCAGCUCUUGUGCAAUCUUUGAAUUCCAAUGUUUAUUCCCAUUCCUGUUUCCCCACAAGUAGCAAAUGGUUACAACACGCAAAGCCUUUACCAGAUGCUUUUGUUGCUGUUCUUCACUCAUCCACAUUUCUGAAUUGGAUGAAAUGUAAAAGUAAUACAGAAAUGGAAGGUCUUUUAAAGUUCACAUUAAAUGAAAAAGAGAAUUAAACGCAUCUGAAUGUAAUAGUAUGAAUUUGCAUACUAAUCCUGGACUUUGCUAACCAAAAUACAACUUACAUGCAAGCAAAGUGGAAUGUUCUCCUUUUAUAUGAAACAUUUUUCAUAUAAAAGUUGGGCUACAGCUCAAUCGGCAGAGAAGAAAACAUUUCACAAAAUAGAAGAGCUAUUCUUAAACAAUUUUUGCAAUGCCCCAACAGUGAGAUUGUAGUGGCUAACAGCACUUCUUCUUGGCAAUUCUCCUGUUGCCUACAUCACUUCUCUACCAGCAAACCAAAAACAAUGCCUCAUGCAAAGACCUCUUUGGAUUAUACUGGUGUACUCUACCUUUGGAGUAUCUCAUUCUAGCCGUUAGUACAUAAUCAUCUUCAAGGUUGAAGUACGGCUGAGAGAGUAAGGAAGUGGUGGAGGGGUCCGUCUAUAUACGUAGGAGGUUUCUCGCCCAGUUUCAAUAAGAACUAAAAUAUAAUACCAUUGCCUUACUUUUUCCUGGCAGAGGAAGGAAUUGGAUUAGACUGCAACUGAGUCAGCUGUGGACACACUAGUGGGCAGAAUACAUAGAGUUAAUAUACUGUCCACAGUUAGAUAAAUCUUCAUUCUGCAAGGCAUAUUCAGAAACAUCUUCUAUUUCAUCAUCAUAAAAGAAAAAUCAGAAAUAUAGCAUGCCCUUCAAGAAAGUUACUAAAUGGAAAUAUCUUUCUAUAUUGCAUGCAUAAUCUCAAGAAAAGAAACAAUAGUUCUCAAAGCUGUGAUAGGACUGCAAUCUUAUUUACAUGUGUAGGAAAAGGCUCCAUGAAAAUCAGCAAGAUGUACUUCUGUGUAGAUAUAAAUGGGUUCAGGCUACAGGUUUUUAAAAGCAAAAGUAUAAGAUACAUAAAUCAUUAGGCUAGUUUCAGGUACUUCAGUAGAAUCCAUGAACAGAACACUUCUAUGCUCUUUGCGCAUUGAAACUCAAUAUAAUGUAUGCAGUGUUUAGUUCGUUCAGCUGCAUUUUACUGGGCUUCAUUUUAAAAAAUUAAAUUACGUAUAACAAUUCUUCAACGAAAUAACUUAAUGUUUGACUUUCAUUGCUUAAUUCAUUCAUUUCUCUUCUCAUUUAUUUUUCUUCUAUGUUUUUAUUUUAAUAAUUUUUUAAAAUUUUAAGUGGACCAAAUUUCUGUUCACCUACAUUAGUACUAGCUUAAGCAGCAAUGUCUGCCUUAAUUAUCUUUUUUGUUGUUUGUUACUACUAAACUGCAGCCUCCUCUUCAUUUCACUUCUGCUUUGAUGCUUGAUUACUCAUUAUUACAAUGGCUGUUUCACAGUUUUCUUCAGUGCUUGCACUAUUACAAAAGUGUCCAAAUGAAUAUGUCACACCUUUUAAACUUCUUUCUAGGCAGAUACUUGACCCAUAAUGUGCAAACAUAGAAAAACAUCAUCUGGUGAAAAGGGAGGUCUGUUAUAAUUGCUCCUUUAUGGAGUCUAGAUUUCAAAGAUAGAAGAAUAGAUUUUUGUUAUCCAAUUUUCUUAUGCAGACUACAUAGGACAGGGCCUGAUAACAAUGAUCUUACAUGUGCAACUUCUGCUAUCUGUAGAAUGUCAAAUACGGCAUGGAAUGUGCAUGUAUAGAUCCACACAUAUGUGUUACACACUAACACUUUUAUGGGAGACAGCUUCUCAUACAGGGAACAUUUCUGUAUACAAAUGUAUGCUCUACAACAGUGAAUUACUUUAACCCCAUGGGGGGGGAGGCACAGGUUUUUCAGACUCAGUUCUGUGCCCCCAUGUUGUCUGAGACAUCUGUAUACUAAUUUUUAGAAUUAUAUUUGUAUCAAUCAUAACAAUUUGGGUAUAUUUCUAAGAAAGUAGCUUCUUUUGAUUUGGUUUUUUAAAAAUUCUGAAUUAUUUAAUUUACCUGAGCAGAACAGCUAUUUGUUAGAAAUAGGCCAGUGUGAGAACCUUUGGUUAAAGUAUCCAUCUUUUGAAGAACAAAUUAGGAUUAAAAUAUUGCCUGCUCAAAUAUUUAUUUUUUCGUAUUUUUAAGUUGCUUUCCAAAUGAAUUGCCCAGACUACAUAAACACUGCAUAACACUAUAUAGAAGGCAACAUUCCCAUUGAUUUCAAGCGCAAAAAUCCUCUUGGGAUAAAAAUGAGGCAGCUCAGAAAAUGCUUUCACAAAUGAGAAGCUAGUAAGUAACAACCACUAUGUUUUCCCUUCUUCUUUUUUUUGGUACUUAAUAUUGCACUUUAAAAGGUCAAAACAAAAACUUUCUGAGAUAGCUAGUAAAUUAGAUGCAUCAAAAUACCCAGCAGUCGGGCAUCCGUAGUGCAACCUUUGAUAAUCCCCUCCAAAAUUAAUCAUUUUACCCUUUAUGCAAUAAGGAAAAUGACACCUGAAACUCUUUUUCAUAAAGUGGGUAAUAUAGUAAAAAUUGUGCACUUAGAAUGAGUACAAACCAAACGCUGAUGACAAUAGCGCCCACCUAAACCACCACAUGGUGAUCACCUUCUGAACUCCCCCUUCAAAAACAGAUUUCAUGCAUCACCAGCUAACUAGCUCCUGCAGCUUUGGAAACAUUUCAUAAAGUGGCCUCCAAUAUCUCAAAAAGAGCUUUCUGCUGGAAACAAACAAAUGAAAAACCCCAAAGAAACCAUGGUGUGGUGGGUACACACAUCAACUCUUGCUUGUAAUUAAUGAGGCUCUUCAGAUCUCAGUCAAUCAGCCCUCCUGUUAAUCUGGAUAAGAUGCAGACAAGAGAAAGUCACAACUUGAACGAAUGACUCUAGUGCAAAGUGAUGCUUUCAGAGAUUCUACCAGUAUGAGAAUUAUAUAAACGAUCACUUCUAUAUCUUUUAUAUAAAUAACAUUUUGAAAUGGCUAGAUCAGGACAAAAUGGAUCAAUAUUUUUAAACAGCCUGACAAGAAAACUGAAAUAAUUCUUUUACUUAAAAUUCUGGUGUAACUGUGGUGACUGUGUAUCCAUCAUCUAGUUCCUAUAGUAUUUCUCAAUUUUCUACAUUUACAGUAGCCUAAUAGAAAAUGAGUUUCUGUGGACACCUUUGUUAGCAGCCAGACUAUAGCUCUGCAUACACAGAAACCUCUGGAAAAGUUUAAAUCUCAGUUUUUAAAAAAUAAACAUAAUAAUGAAAGAAGAAAACACUUAUUUUUGGAAGUUACAAAACUUGCUGUCCAAAAAGUCUCAUUUCAAAGGUUUGAUAUCUACCUGGGUGCCGAUUCAGUUCAAUAUACUGCAAUAUAGAUUUGUUGUUUUUGAUAUGUGAUGUUUGAUCUUUCUGUAUGUUAUAUGAAAUUCUUAAUUUGGAUGCUUACCAUGAUAACCAAAACCUGUAAUUAUUUCAAAAUGCAAUAGUGUAAUUUUUUUUUCUCAUGGGAAAACUCCAAUCUUUGCCUGUACCUAAGUUGGAAUUAUUUUCUUACAAGUGUCCAGGAGUCCUUUCUAGUGGUACCAGGCAUCUUGUCUUGUGCUUGUCAGUACUCUGCCUUGUGAUGUCAGUAAAAAACAAUAACACAAAGCACUUAAUAUUGUUUGAUCCCAGCACAGGAUCACUGUCACUGCUGCUGGAUUCCUAGUGUUGAUUUCAGUUGUUAGUACAUUCAUGAUGUUCAAAGGUUUACAUGAGCAGGAUUUCACUACAGGCCAAGCAGUACUGUACAUGCAAGUCUAGAAUCUGCCUUUUGGUGAUACUGAGAAUGUUAAAUGUUCCUAACCCAUUGUUUCAAAUUAAUAUGUGUAUGGGAUACAGGCAUUUUAAAUUUUACCUCCAAUACCUGGAGCUUGCAACACUACCACAUCAUUUCUGAACUUGGCGACUAAGAACACCAAAAAUACUGGUGUCUCAGAAGGGGAUAUUAAUUUUCAAAAGAUAAUUAUGCUCUAUGACCAAUACAUUGCUUGUAAGUGUGCAGAUAAUUUGUUUAUGGACUCAAACUCCAAUCCGGCCAAACUGUUGUACACAUGUUUUCAAAGGCACUAUUUACUUGCAUGCAGUUAAGCAUGUGUAUAAGCAUUUGCAGGCCUUGGGUCUUGAAUUUUUAGCUGUGACUUCUUCUCUAGAGGAAGUCAAAGACCUGAAUUAGAUGUCCUGGUGUUUAUCAGAUAUCAAACUAUAUCAUUUUAUAUAAAAAAAUACCUUGUGUAUAAACUGUUUAUAGAUAUUUGUGGACUUAAAAUACACAUGUAUAUUUUUAAACAUUUAAGUUUUAAAAGUCUGGACUUCUCAGGCUGUGUGUGAAAUGAAAUUAUUCUAUCCUUCAAAGUCUAGUUGGACCUGUUUACUGCUUAGUCUGUGGUGAAAGCUUUGCUGCUAAUGCGAUGGUAUCAGACGACUAUGAACUAUGGAAAAGGUUUGUUGCAUCAGAAACACUGCAGUAAAGCUUUAUAUCUCACCACUGGUAAAAUGAAUGUGUUGUAUUGACUUGUUGAAGAUAAUCAUAAAACCACAUAUUUUCAACCUUUCUUUCCUUAUAGAUUAGAAUGCAAAUGUCUAUAUAUAUAUUUUUUGUAAAUAAUGGUUUUUAUAAAUGUCUUUCCGUCAUGAUUUUCCCUAAUAACGCAUUUCACAAAAUCAGAAUAUGCAAUUAUUUAUCAUACAUAAUAUUAUACAAUAAUUAGGGUCCCCAUUUCAGAACAAAGUUUAUUAAAUUCUAUAAACGAGAACAGAAUUAAACAAUUAAUGAGUUGUAAUUGAAAUGUGAUUCUUUUCUCCCUUGGAAAUAAACAAGACAUCUAAAAUAA